CACGUUUCAACGGCCCAUUAAGUCAGUUUUUGUCUCUGGUUCUUUCCCUUUAUAGCAUAUGUUAUAUAUUGACAGGGAUUAAGUUUCUCUCCUGAAUGGAACAAUACAGAGUCACAGGGAGCUACUGUACUUUACAAAGCAACAGGCAUCCGCACAAGCAAAUGGCAAACAGAAAGGUAUCUCAACAAAGAACCAACCAGGAUCCAAGCAUGGAACGCUGCCGUCGUCGGGCAACUCCUGGCACACCGCUCCUCUUCCUGGCUUUCCUGCUCCUGAGCUCCAGGACGGCACGCUCUGAGGAGGACCGAGAUGGUUUGUGGGAUGCUUGGGGCCCAUGGAGUGAGUGCUCACGCACCUGCGGUGGAGGAGCCUCCUACUCACUGAGACGCUGCCUCAGCAGCAAGAGCUGUGAGGGAAGAAAUAUCCGAUACAGAACAUGCAGUAAUGUGGACUGCCCACCAGAAGCAGGCGACUUCCGGGCUCAGCAAUGCUCCGCUCACAAUGAUGUCAAGCACCAUGGCCAGUUUUAUGAAUGGCUUCCUGUGUCUAAUGACCCUGACAAUCCAUGUUCACUCAAAUGCCAAGCCAAAGGAACAACCCUGGUUGUUGAACUUGCACCUAAAGUCUUAGAUGGCACCCGUUGCUACACAGAGUCUUUGGAUAUGUGCAUCAGUGGUUUGUGCCAAAUUGUCGGCUGCGAUCACCAGCUGGGAAGCACCAUCAAGGAGGAUAACUGUGGAGUCUGCAACGGGGAUGGGUCCACCUGCCGGCUGGUCCGAGGGCAGUAUAAAUCCCAGCUCUCCGCAACCAAAGUGGAUGAUACUGUGGUCGCUGUUCCUUAUGGAAGCAGACAUAUUCGCCUCGUCUUAAAAGGACCUGAUCACUUGUAUCUGGAAACCAAAACCCUGCAGGGGGCUAAAGGUGAAAACAGUCUCAGCUCGACAGGCACCUUUCUUGUGGACAAUUCUAGUGUCGACUUCCAGAAAUUUCCAGACAAAGAAAUACUGAGAAUGACUGGACCACUCACAGCAGAUUUCAUUGUCAAGAUCCGCAACUCGGGGCCCGCUGACAGCACAGUCCAGUUCAUCUUCUACCAGCCCAUCAUUCACCGAUGGAGAGAGACAGAUUUCUUUCCUUGCUCAGCAACCUGUGGAGGAGGUUACCAGCUGACAUCGGCCGAGUGUUAUGAUCUUCGGAGCAACCGUGUGGUUGCUGAUCAGUACUGCCACUAUUACCCGGAGAACGUCAAACCCAAACCCAAACUUCAAGAGUGCAACUUGGAUCCUUGCCCAGCCAGUGACGGAUACAAGCAGAUCAUGCCUUAUGACCUCUACCAUCCCCUUCCUCGGUGGGAGGCCACCCCGUGGACCGCGUGCUCCUCCUCGUGUGGGGGGGGCAUCCAGAGCCGGGCAGUUUCCUGUGUGGAGGAGGACAUCCAGGGGCAUGUCACCUCAGUGGAAGAGUGGAAAUGCAUGUACACCCCUAAGAUGCCCAGCGUGCAGCCCUGCAACAUUUUUGACUGUCCUAAAUGGCUGGCACAGGAGUGGUCUCCGUGCACAGUGACAUGUGGCCAGGGCCUCAGGUAUCGGGUGGUCCUCUGCAUCGACCAUCGUGGGAUGCACACAGGAGGCUGUAGCCCCAAAACCAAGCCCCACAUAAAAGAGGAAUGCAUCAUACCCACUCCCUGCUAUAAACCCAAAGAGAAGCUUCCAGUAGAGGCCAAGCUUCCAUGGUACAAGCAAGCUCAAGAGCUAGAAGAAGGAGCCGCUGUGUCAGAAGAGCCCUCGUUCAUCCCCGAAUCCUGGUCGGCCUGCACGGUCACCUGCGGUGUGGGGACCCAGGUGCGAACCGUGAGGUGCCAGGUGCUGCUGUCUUUCUCUCAGUCAGUGGCUGACUUGCCUGCUGACGAAUGUGAAGGGCCCAAGCCGGCAUCCCAGCGUGCCUGUUAUGCGGGACCGUGUCAGGGGGAUGCUCCCGAGUUGAACCCCGAAGAGACGGACGGCCUGUUUGGAGGCCUGCAGGAUUUGGACGAGCUGUACGACUGGGAAUACGAAGGCUUCACCACGUGCUCCGAGUCAUGCGGAGGAGGUGUCCAGGAGGCUGUGGUGAGCUGCCUGAACAAGCAGACACGGGAGCCUGCUGAUGAGAACCUGUGUGUGACCAGCCGCCGUCCCCCGCGACUCCUCAAGUCCUGUGGUCUGGAGCCCUGCCCGGCCAGGUGGGAAAUUGGCAAGUGGAGUCCAUGCAGUCUUACCUGUGGGGUUGGCCUGCAGACCAGAGAUGUCUUCUGCUCCCACCUGCUUUCCAGAGAGAUGAAUGAAACCGUAAUCCUGGCUGAUGAACUGUGUCGUCAGCCCAAGCCCAGCACGGUACAAGCUUGUAACCGCUUCAACUGCCCCCCUGCCUGGUACCCUACACAGUGGCAGCCGUGCUCUAGGACCUGUGGAGGGGGCACCCAGAAGCGUGAGGUUCUUUGCAAACAGCGCAUGGCUGACGGCAGCUUCCUGGAGCUUCCUGAGACCUUCUGUUCAACCUCGAAACUGGCCUCCCAGCAGGCCUGCAAGAAAGACGACUGUCCCAGCGAGUGGCUCCUCUCUGACUGGACAGAGUGUUCCACGAGCUGUGGCGAAGGCACGCAGACUCGAAGCGCCGUUUGCCGGAAGAUGCUGAAAACCGGGCUUUCGACUAUCGUCAAUUCCUCCCUGUGCCCUCCCCUGCCCUUCUCUUCAGCCAUCAGGCCCUGCAUGCUGGCCACCUGUGCACGGCCGGGGCGGCCAUCCACCAAGCACAGUCCUCACAUUGCGGCCGCCAGGAAGAUCUACAUCCAGACCCGGCGACAGAGGAAGCUGCACUUUGUCGUGGGGGGGUUCGCCUACCUGCUCCCCAAGACGGCAGUGGUGCUGCGCUGCCCCACGCGGCGCUUCAGAAAGCCCCUGAUCACAUGGGAGAAGGACGGCCAGCACCUCAUCAGCUCGGCACAUGUCACUGUGGCCCCCUUCGGCUACCUGAAGAUCCACCGCCUCAAGCCCUCGGAUGCGGGCAUCUACACCUGCUCUGCGGGACCGGCCCGCGAGCAGUUUGUCAUUAAGCUCCUCGGAGGCAACCGGAAGCUGGUGGCCCGGCCGCUGAGCCUGCGGAGCGAGGAGGAGGCCCUCGCAGCGAGGAAGGCAGGCCCGAAGGAGGCCCUGCAGACCCACAAACACCAGAACGGCAUCUUCCCUAACGGCAGCAAGGCCGAGAAGCGGGGCCCCGCCGGCGACCUGGGGAGCCGCUACGACGACCUUGUCUCCCGGCUGCUGGAGCAGGGGGGCUGGCCCGGGGAGCUCCUCUCCUCGUGGGAGGUGCAGGACUCCACGGAAAGGAACACGUCCUCCGAGGAGGACCAGAACGCGGAGCAGGCCCUCUGGCACCUGCCCUUCACCAUGGUGGCCGAGCAGAGGCGCCUGGACGACAUCCUCAAGAACCUCUCCCAGCAGCCGGAGGAGCUUCGAGACGUCUACAGCAAGCACCUGGUGGCCCAGCUGGCCCAGGAGAUCUUCCGCAGCCACAUGGAGCACCAGGACGUGCUGCUCAAGCCUUCGGAGCGGCGGAUGCCCCCCGUGGCCAUCUCCCCUCAUAAGCACGUGUCUGGCUUCAGCAGCUCGCUCCGGACCUCGGCCGCCGGGGAGGCUGCGGGUGGCUCUCGCCGGCCCCACCGCAAGCCCACCAUCUUGCGGAAGAUCUCAGCUGCCCAGCAGCUCUCGGCCUCCGAGGUGGUCACCCACCUCGGGCAGACUGUGGCCCUGGCCAGCGGGACGCUGAGCGUGCUUUUGCACUGUGAGGCCAUAGGCAACCCGAGGCCUACCAUCAGCUGGGCCAGGAAUGGAGAAGAGGUGCAAUUCAGUGACAGGAUUCUUCUGCAGCCAGAUGAUUCCUUACAGAUCCUGGCACCAGUGGAAGCUGAUGUGGGUUUCUACACUUGUAAUGCCACAAAUGCCUUGGGCUAUGACUCUGUCUCCAUUGCCGUCACGUUAGCAGGAAAACCACUAGUGAAGACAUCACGAGGGACUGUGAUCAACACCGAGGAGGCUGCCAUCGCAGUUGACGUGGGAAGCACCAUCAAAACAGUGCAAGGAGUGAAUGUGACAAUUAACUGCCAAGUUGCAGGUGUGCCUGAAGCUGAAGUCACUUGGUUCAGGAACAAAAGCAAACUGGGCUCCCCUCCCCAUGGGCACGAGGGCUCCUUGCUGCUCACAGACGUGUCCCCCUCGGAUCAGGGUCUUUACUCCUGCAGGGCCGCCAAUGUCCAUGGAGAGCUGACCGAGAACACGCAGCUGCUGAUCCUAGAUCCUCCCCAAGUCCCAACGCAGUUAGAAGACCUCAAGGCCUUGCUUUCAGCCACUGGACCGAACCUUCCUUCAGUGCUGACAUCUCCUCUGGGGGCACAGCUGGUCCUGCAUCCUGGGAAUUCCGCUCUUGUUGGCUGUCCCAUCAAAGGUCACCCUACCCCCAACAUCACGUGGUUCCAUGGUGGUCAGCCAGUCGCAACUGUCCCAGGACUGACACAUCACAUCUUGGCAGCUGGACAGAUUCUGCAGGUGGCAAAUCUUAGUGGCGGGUCUCAAGGGGAGUUCAGCUGCCUUGCUCAGAACGAGGCAGGAGUGCUCGUGCAGAAGGCUUCUUUAGUGAUCCAAGAUUACUGGUGGUCUGUGGACAGACUGGCAACCUGCUCGGCCUCCUGUGGGAACAGGGGCGUUCAGCAGCCCCGCCUGAGGUGUCUCCUGAAUAGCACUGAGGUCAGCCCCACUCACUGUGCGGGGAAAGUGCGCCCUGCUGUGCGGCCCGUCGCUUGCAACCGGAGAGACUGCCCUUCUCGGUGGAUGGUGACCUCCUGGUCGGCCUGUACCCGGAGCUGUGGGGGAGGUGUCCAGACCCGCCGGGUGACCUGCCAGAAGCUGACAGCCUCUGGGAUCUCCACCCCUGUGUCCAAUGAUCUGUGCACACAGCUCGCCAAACGGCCGGUAGACACCCAGGCCUGCCACCAGCAGCUCUGCGUGGAGUGGGCCUUCUCCAGCUGGGGCCAGUGCAACGGGCCUUGCAUCGGGCCUCACCUAGCCGUGCAACACAGACAAGUGUUCUGCCAGACACGGGAUGGCAUCACCUUACCAUCGGAGCAGUGCAGCGCCCUUCCGAGGCCCGUGAGCACCCAGAACUGCUGGUCAGACGCCUGCAGCGUACACUGGAGGGUCAGCCUGUGGAGCUUGUGCACGGCAACGUGCGGCAACUACGGCUUCCAGGCCCGGCGCGUGGAGUGCGUGCAUGCCCGCACCAACAAGGCCGUGCCCGAGCACCUGUGCUCCUGGGGGCCCCGGCCAGCCAACUGGCAGCGUUGCAACAUCACCCCAUGCGAAAACAUGGAAUGCAGGGACACCACCAGGUACUGCGAGAAGGUGAAGCAGCUGAAACUCUGCCAGCUCAGCCAGUUCAAAUCUCGCUGCUGUGGGACCUGUGGCAAAGCGUGAAGAUGGGGCCCAGGGCGGAACCCCACCCUGGCCACACAGAGGACUCACGCCACCACCUUGGAGAGAACUGAAGCUUUCUUUGUUUAUUUAUUUAUUGCCCUCUCCCCAUCCCCACCACACACACCCUCAUCUGACCUCCUCUCCCACCCCAGACAGGAGGACCUCAGCAUGUCCUCUCUCUCAGUUAGCUGGAGGACAGGAUGUCGGGGCAAGACCAGGAAAAGGGUCUAAAGGAGGUCACAGAGCAAACGCCUUCCCCACCGUGAGUCCCAGACAGACCCUGGAAGAGGCCGGCACAGCUCCUGAGGAUAGCCCGGAGUCAGGGCCAAGAGCAGAUGAGAGACGGGAGGGGAGGGUGACAGCAUUUGUAAAGCCUUGAUACGGACUUCAGAUCACCAACUGUGUCUCCCCUGGCAGCAUGCUGUCACCCCAGGAGUGUGCUGCUGCUCUGUGUCCUCCUCUGCCUUGGGAAGAGCAAGCAAGAAGGGGAGGACACUGUCCAGAAGAACCCAGGCCAGAACUCAGCACUUCUGGUGGGGAGCCGUGAGAACUCAAAGCACCAAUACACAGCAGUCAGGAGGAGACCAUCCGGGGGGCCUACAGCACACGUGAGGCCAAACACAAAGUAGGGGGAAGGGUACAGAAGCCAAAAGAAGCCUGUGCACGGUCCUCAGUGGGGCAGUGCAGGUAGGGGAAGGGAAGGGACACUCUGAACUCUGCUGCACUCCUAGAGGGCACAGACCCUGGGGGCCCACGCCAUGCAGUAGGACACAUACCCUCCCUCUUGCAUUGGAGGGGAGUCCACACUCCCCGUGCCAUCUCAGCAAACAUGGCGGCCUCUACACCCGGAGAGAAGCUAGUGGGACCUCAGGCUCUGGUUUUGCAGGCAGGACAGCCCUGGCAUCUCUGCCUCAAUCACAAGUCCCACACCACCACCACCCCAACCCAGGAUCAACUGUGGACAUGCGCCCAGGGCAUUUUGGGCGUGAAUAGUCUGGGUUUUCUGCCUAGAUGCCGAUGCUGCUCCACUUAAGGGACUGUGGUCAGUGUGUCAGAGAGGACCCACCAGGUCACGGGAGCCACUUCCAGAGCUGGCCAGGACAUGGGGUGGGACAGCUGGCUUUGUGCGGGCCGUUCCAGGAGCACGAUGAGAACUCCCCUCUGGUUUACACAGCAGCUUGAGGCAGGGGGACAGGGUGUGGUAGCAAAGCCAUAGGGUAACUAAAGCUUGUAGGAGGGUCCUCAAAGGCUUUUCAACCUGUUCACCCGACGCAAUGAAAUGCUACAAACCUUAUGAAAAUGAAUACCACCCAUUUUAGGAAUUCAUAAGCAAGGCAGCAAACACCCUUCCAUAAAUGCCCAUCAGCUACAUUAAAAUGGCUAUAGACAGUCUUGUGGCAAACCUGAAAUUCUGGGACUAUUUGGCAAAUUGCUUUCAGCAGAGGGGCUUUGGCCACCUCCCCCUGUUGGCCACCAUCACUCAACCCUCAGAUCAACCACCCCACCCCCCACAUACAGACUCGCAAAAUGCCACUCGACCCCAGGGCCACCCCUGAUACCAGGGUGUCUGGAAGUCAGAGAUGGGGCAGUGGGGGGGGGGAAUGGUUUAAGACAAUAUUAAGCUGUGUUCUCCACAGGGGAGCUAUGGACAAUUAAUGUGGGUCUCUUUCUUCCUCACCACGAUGGGCUCUAAGAAAUCAUGUUACUAAAAAUCAGCGUCCUGUUUAUUUAAAAAUAAAAGAGAAUGUUUUCUAUGUCUGUAUAUCUUUUGUGAAUAUUUAUUAGGAUUUCUUGUAUAAAAAAAGUGCAAUAUUAAUAAUUGUACAUUGUCAUCCAGAAAACAAAGUAUUUGGCAGACUUUUUAUUAACUUCCUGCGGUUGUAUUCCUGUAAUUACUCAGUGGUAAUUAUUGUAUUGUUCCUAUUUUUAAUAGAACCUGAUGUUUAACUCCAGGUCCAUUCACUGUGUACAGAAUUCAUUGUAAAGCUAACAUGGGAUGACAGGGCAGUAGGAGGGGAUUCACUUGUGACUCAAUAGUUACGCACGGAACGAAGAAGACCAAUUCCGUACUAUUAACUGACGUGGUUGGUGAUUUCUAGUUCAAAAGCUAUGGAAAACCAGUGGCCGAUAUUUACGUUUCCUAAAUGGCAGGUGUCCUCCAGCUUUGCCUCGUGUCAGGCUGCAGCAGCUGGAGUGGGUUUCAGAGCGAGCCUGGAGGACCCAGGUUUGGGGUGGAAAGUAGCGAGCUCCUUGCAUGAGAUGAAUGUACAUUUACUGUUUGUUCUGUGAAUCGUGACUCAGCAGCAGCACAAGGUGAUUAGAGCGGCUGAAUAAUGUGGAAGGAGGCACUUCCUCCUCUAAAACACAAAACUGUAUUUAUAUUUUUUUUGUACAGAUAAUACAGCUUAUUUAUUUAAAA